AUGAAUGAAGAUAAACCAAAUACACCGGAUCCCUUAAGUGUGUCUAACAAAGACUUGGAAUACAAUCAAACUUCGCCAUUAGGUGAAGGGAGAUGGGAGAAGUCCACAGUACCUGACCUCGUCGACAAUUACGAUCUUCAAGGGCCUAAAUGGUGUCGCGAAAUGCAUGAUGGUGCAAGCUUCGGAGGGAAUCGUCCUGGGUGA